UCAAUAUCUUUACAUGGCAUGAUGUGAUUGGCUCCAACGAGUCCUGUGAAAGUGCAGCCUCCGAUUGGACAAGAGGGAAGACCAGUAACAUUCUGACACACACACUCCAUGUUAAAUAAAUAAAUGUAGGACAGGUUCCCCCACACCUGAGCAGAGGUGACAGAGCAGGUUACACAUACACACACACACAGAGACAUGAGAACACACAAGCUAUGCAUCGCUCUGCUGGGCCUGCUGCUGCUGGGGUCCUUCAGCGUUCAGGCCGGUGACCCCAAGGAUGACCCCGACAGGGCAACAGAGGCAUCAUCAGCAGAGACACAAGAGGACACCUCAGAGGAGACAGACAAGAAGCCAAAGAAGGAGAAGACAACAAACAUAGAAGAAGAAAAAGAUGUUUUGGUUCUACACAUCAACAACUUUGACAGAGCUCUCAGCGAAAAUGAGUUUUUACUGGUUGAGUUUUAUGCUCCCUGGUGUGGCCACUGCAAAGAGUUUGAACCGAUUUACGCCGAGGUUGCAGAGAAACUGAAGGAGGAGGGAGCAGGCAUGCGAUUGGCCAAGGUGGAUGCCAUCGAGGAGAAGGAGCUGGCUGAUGAGUUUGAGGUCGGAAGCUUUCCCACUCUGAAGGUGUUCAUCAACGGGGAGCGCAAGCUGCCAUUGGACUACACCGAAACUUGGCUUUCGGACAGAGAUUCAAACAUGGAAAUGACUAUUGCUGGAUUUGGCGCGCCAGUACGCCUGGACCGGGAUGCUGGCAUUACUGGCAAAUCACAAGGAGGGGGUAAAAGAUCAGUGGAGGGCAUAAUUCAAUGGAUGAAACGUCGCGCCGGUCCCGGUACUUCAAAUCUUGACUCUGUGGACUCUGCGGCCAAGUUCAUCAGCACCCACAAUAUCUCUGUUGUAGGAUUCUUCAAUAGUUUGGAAAGCGAGUCUGCCCAUGUGUUCAAGGAGGUCUCUUUUGAUUUGACUGAUGUUGAGUUUGGAGUUACUGUAACUCCUGAAGUGUUUCAGAAGUAUGAAGUGAAAUCAGACUCAGUGGUGCUGUUCAAAAAGUUUGAUGAUGGCAGAGAAGACUAUGUGUGGUCAGAAGAAGAGAAAUUAGACAAACACAACUUAACCUCCUUCAUCAAGGAAAACAGCCUGGAGCUCAUCAUCCCAUUCAACCCCGAGGUAGCAGACAAGAUCUUUGCUUCUCGCAUCCGCCUGCAUAGCCUGCUGUUCAUCAACUCCACAGUGCAGGGUCAGCUGGAGCUGGUGGAGGAGGCCAAGGCUGUUGCCAAGAAGUUUAAGGGCAAGAUGCUGUUUGUUCUGAUUGAUGUGACACAGGCCCUGUCACAUGUGCUAAAUUAUUUUGGAGUGUCAGAAAGCGACGCACCUACUGCAAGGAUCAUCCACAUGGAAACACAGAAGAAGUUCAAUAUUCCCUCUGGAGCUCUAACAGCAGAUUCCCUGUGGCUGCUGUGUCAGGAAGUUGUUGAUGGCAUUGCAAUGCCAUACUAUCGUACUGAAGAAAUCCCAGAGGACUGGGACAAAGAACCAGUCAAAGUCCUGGUGGGCAAGAAUUUUAAAUCCGUGGCUCUGGACCCGGCCAAAAACGUCUUUAUUGAGUUUUAUGCUCCAUGGUGUGGACACUGCAAAGAACUGGCUCCAAUUUGGGACCAGCUGGGAGAGAAAUAUGCUGAUCAUGAAAACAUCAUCAUAGCCAAGAUGGACGCCACAGCCAAUGAAGUGGAGUCGCUUGUCAUUUCAGGAUUUCCAACCAUCAAAUAUUACCCAGCUGAAGGCAAAGAGGUGGUCGACUACACUGGAAACCGAGAUCUGGAGACAUUUAGCAAGUUCCUGGAUAGUGGAGGAGUUUUACCACAGGAAGAAAGUGGCGAGGAUGAUGAUGAUUAUGAUGAUGGUGAGGAGAGCUCAGAUGCUAAAGAAGAAGACAGCACUGGUCAAAGCAAGGAAGUAGACGAGUCUGCAGAAAUUUCUGAAAACAAGACAUCUAAAGACGAACUGUAAUCGUGCUAAACGCAUAUUAAUAUCAAGCUAUCUUCUUCCAGUUUUCUUAGUAAAAGUUAUACAACGUAUGAAUCAUUGUCUCUGUACUGAGAAUUAUAAUGAGUGUUUAAGCUCUCAGUUUGCUACGUUUAAAACUAUUUGAUUCUUAAAAUGAUAAAUUUUGAUUUGACAACUUGAGGACGAAGAAUAAAGAUGUAUUAAGGAAAGAAACAAAAUUAUUUAGUCUUCUUUGACAAAUAAAAGAAGAGCAGAAAAGCUGGUGGUAGCUCGAAAAAUCUUGAGACAGAACAGAAGUUUCAAAGCAUACAAUCAGGGCUGCAAUGGAACUGUUAAAUGAAAACAUUUUCAUAUGAGGAUGGCCUGUUUAAAGUCCAGGCUUAAAUUUAAUUAAAGCCCUGGCAAGAUUUUAGAGUUGAUGUUCACAGACACUGCCAAUCUAAUGUGACUGAGCUGAAGCCAUUCUGCAAUGACGAAUGGACAAAAAAAAGAGAUUGUUUCAAUGAAUGCAAAGCUGGUAGAGUGACACCCCUCCCCCUUUCUUUGGUUGAGAUUUUGAAAAAUAUGUAAACAAAUACGUAAACACAGGGUGACAGGAGGAAAAUGUCCUUUCAGUGACAACAAGAUGAAGGCCAAGUUUUCGGAUUACAGCUCAGAAUCAGAAUGUGAUCAGCUGAAUGAUGAUUCAUCUUUGUGUUCAGUGACACAUCCAUGAGUCACAACUCUGCAAUUUAUUUUACAAGAUUUCAGCAUUCUUUGAGUUCUCUCAGCAUGCCUGACAGCUGAAACUUUACACAAUAAGGGCAAACUAACUGCUUUUCAUUAUCUAAUAGCUUCUGUUCCCUGAAAACCCCCCAAAAGAAAGAUCCAAAACACAACAAAGAAAUAACAUAACAGUGCCAACAAUUUUACAAAUUUUGCAGGAUUUAGGUGAAGAAAAUGUUCAAUUGGAAGUUUUAAAUUAAAAUCCAAACACAUUUGUUAUGUUCAACCAACAAUUCUUAAAGUGGAUAGUAGUUCUAAAUUCUAAAUACUUCGAAGAGGCUGAAAUACGACAUAUCUGUAAGAUGAAAACGAUGAACUAUAUUUGUGGAAUUUGAUGAAAGAAUGAUCUUAAACAAAGGUCAGUGUCAAUCACUAACAAAUUCUUUCCCAACACACAAAGAACAGUUUUAUGAACAAACACACAUCUGCUGUAUUUUCCUGCCUAUAUUUACCUAUGUGCCUCUAUAUAUACAGUAGAGUGAGUGGGUGAGGCCUACAGGUGAGCAUGUUGUCUCCGCCCAGGAGGAAACCAGGAAGGCUGGUUUCAACAUGUAAGUGAAAUGUUUCUAAUUCCUGAGGGGAAACAGGUUUAAACAGGCUGUAAUGUCACGACUCUUACCAGCAUGAAAUGUAUUUCCUUCUACCGGCCAGGCGACCAGUCACUCCUUUGUCUGAGUGCUUGUGAUGAAUGUGAAGGGGCCAGUCAGGAUCGAAUCAGUGGACAGGCUUGGAUGUGUCUUGUUUA